CUGUCCGGCGAUUUGAAAAAACUCUCCUUCAGGCAAAGAAGGAGAGGAGAGUCGGAGGGGGUGGGUAGAGCUCCCCGAAAGUCACUGGAUUAAUUCCAGGGACUCGGAGGGUGAGAGCUCCCCAGUUCACCCCUCCCAUUGCUCCGGAUCGCUGGUGCCUCUGUUAAUCAGAGCAAGACGUCUGCGUCCAAUUCUGCCGGCAAACAGUGAGUUCUAAUGAUUUCUAACAAAGCAGACAGAGCGGAAGCAAGAGUGCAAGCUUUUUAAAAGAAACAGAACUUAACUCCGUGAAUACAUUGUUGCAAACGGAGCUCUCUUGAGCUGGAGGCUGGAGAGGAAGCCUUUGUUAUGGGCGGAAGGGAAAGUGAAAGUUAAAGGGAAACUGCUUGUUAAAAGCCCUCUGCCUGAAGAGUAAACUGCUGGGGAUUGAGUAUAGCUUGAAGAGAGGAUUGUUUAUUUUGAAAAAACUCUGAAACAUACUUUGCAAGACUGUUUAUAAGACUUCGUGGCUGCAAAAGGAAAAAAACUCUUUUUAAAAUAAAAUGGCUGCUAAACAACUAAAGCCACCAACUUCUAAAGGGGGAGGAGGUUCCCCUGUAGUGACUCAAAAACAACAACUUCCGGCUGAUACACAGUCACAAGACCUUAAAGAAUUUAUAAUGGGUGCCCUGAACAAUCAGACAGAAAUGAUGAAAGAAUUUUCAGAGGAGUUAAAGAAAAUUAAAAGUGUGGUGGAGGAAAAACAUGAUGAAAUAAGAGAUGACAUUGUUUAUGCAGUUUCAGGACUGGCUACUCAUAUGUUAAAGAUUGAGGAGAGAGUACGGGAAAUUGAUGAUGCUAACUUGGAGCUUGCAACUAAAUUAGGAGAGGUUAUGAUACAAACAGAGAAAGUGGAUCACGAAAUGGUUAUGUUACAAUACAGAUGUCAAGCUGCGUUGCGGACUCCGUGUGUGAGGAAAGGAAAACGCCCAACCACGGCUUGCUGUAACAGUUUAUUGAUUAGCACCUUCCUCCACGGGACACACAGCUAGGUUGACGGGUAUGCAGGAUACACAAAGUCGGCGUUGGGAGCGGCUGCCUCCCAACGCAAUCUAAAGAACGCGCUAACAAUGUAUAACCACCGCCCUUCCGGGUACUAGUGCGCAGGCGUUGCCAGGGCGGUGAGUAGCGAAAAGUUAACCCUUGCUCGUCCGCAAUUGUGUCCGGUCGCCUACCAUUAUCCUAACACCCCCACCACCAGUGUUAACAGAUCCCAAAGCCCCGAAGCGUCUUUCGUUGAUACCCCUCCCUCGUCUGGCUCCCGUAGUUCGGCACAGUGGUCGGGCCCACGAUCCCGGGAGCGGAUCGAAGUGUCGAGUGGAUCUCGACAACAGAUCAAUGGAAUUUGCCCUGAGGCUGAGAGGUUUGAAAGAAAAGAGUGGUGAAAAUUUAAAAGAUGUUUGUUCCAAUGCUUUAGCAGAGCUGAUUUCAGAAAGACCAGAAGAUGUGGCAAUUCAAAUGGAUAAAAUUUACAGGGUUAAUUCCUGGCUGGCAAAACAAAAGCAGCUACCAAGAGAUGUGGUGAUUUAUUUUACAACAAGGAGAAUUAGAAAUGACAUUCUGCAAGCUUCUUAUAGAAACAGGAUUAAAGUGGAUGGACAAGAGCUGGUGGUCCUGAAAGAGCUUCCUCCCAAAAUGUUAAGAGACAGAAAGCAGUUUGGUUUUUUGGUGAAUGAACUAAGAAACCAGCAGCUCCAGUAUAGAUGGGAUGUCCCAUUUGGGAUAAUAGUGACAUACGCUGGGCAAAGACACCGCUUAAACACAGUUGGAAAGGCAAAAGAUUUUUAUGUCAAUGUUUUAAAGGCUGGAAGGCCACCCUCACCAGGGGGUGCUAGAAAGCAAUUGGAAAUGACACAGAAAGAUGGAGGGCAACCACAAACUUACGCUCAAGCACUAGCUGGAGGAGCCAAUUUGGAAGAAGAUUUACUGUUGAGUGGGGGUCCACCACCAACCCUUGAGUCAUUAAAGACGAUACAGCUGCCAAAAGAUCAACGAUUAACAAGAGCUACUUACAAACAACAUCUGGCACGACAGCCUCAAGAUCCAACCCAACAAGUCCAAAAAACACAAACAGUGGGAGGAGCUAGGCCGAAGUCUAAAAUGGCGGAGGAGGUUCAGCUGAUGCUCUCAAAGCUUGGAGGGCCCAGAGAUGGCAAAUAAAUUCUUAUCUUGGAAUGUCAACGGUUUAAAUUCUCCACAAAAAAGAAAGAAAAUAUUUCACUAUUUGAAGCAAUUUCAGAAUGAUGUUAUUUGUUUGCAAGAAACGCAUAUUAAAUCUUCAGAUCAAAAGUAUUUGAUAAAUUCGAAAUUAGGUAUACAUUUUGUGGCAUCAGCACCAGAGAAGAAAAAUGGCCUAGUUAUAUAUGUUAAAAGAGGCUUAGUGGCCAAUUUAAUUGAGGCUGACACUCAAGGUAGAUAUAUUGCAAUCGAAUUAACAACACAGAAUGGGAAGCUGCUUGUAAUUGGAGUAUACGCACCUAAUCAACAACAAGAUAAAUUUUAUAAACUUUUACAUACUAAAAUAUUACAAUGGGAUUAUAGAUCUUUACUUCUAAUGGGUGACUGGAAUGGGGUAAUAAAUAUCCAGAGAGAUAAAAAAAGUCUUUCCAAGAUAUCCAUGCGCGCUAAGUUGCCUAAAUCUUUUGAUAUUUUGGAGGAUAUGGAGCUCAGAGACAUUUGGAGAGAAAGGAACGUAUUGGAAAGUGAUUUUACUUUUUUUUCAGAUAGGCAUCAAUCUUUUUCUAGGAUUGAUUUUAUAUUAACUACAAAUGAUCUUUUUUCUAGGGUGAAGAAUACAAAGAUAUGUCCAAGAACUUUAACUGAUCAUAGCCCGGUUUGGGUGGAACUAGAGCAGGAAAGAGGGGAAAGGAGGUCUUGGAGGUUAAAUGAGAAUUUAUUUAGAUAUGAAGAUAACUUGUGUGAGCUUAAAAAAACAAAUGAAAGAAUUUUUUGUUAACAAUAUGAAUAAAGGAACCUCGAUGGAGAUGGUAUGGGAUGCGAGUAAGGCAUAUAUGAGAGGAACAUUAAUUUUCUUGAACAAUAAAUAUAGACUAAAACAACAAAACAGACGGAAAGAGAUAGAGGAGGAAAUUAAAAAGAAAGAACAAUUGCUUAUAACUAACCCGGGAGAUAAAAAGGCAAAAGAUAUGAUUAAUAUUUUAAGAGAGCAAUUUAAUAUGUUAAUGGCUGGGCAAGUAGCAACCAGCAUACAAUAUGCCAGACAUAAUACAUUUUGUAAUGCUAAUAAACCUGGGAGAUGGUUGGCUUAUACGAUGAGGAAAAAACAAAAAUCACGUGUUAUAGACAAGAUAGAAUUUAGAGGUAAAGAGAUUUAUCAACAGAAUUUAAUAAAAAAGGCUUUUUUGGAGUUCUAUACAAAGUUAUAUGCUAAAGAUGUAAUUCAAGAUGUUGAUAUUGAUAGAUAUUUAAAGAUGGAGAUUCCUGAAUUAACGCUGGAACAGAGAGAGAGAUUGAAUCAGCCAAUAACUUCCGAGGAAAUUGUUGGGGCAAUUAAACAAUUAAAAAUAGGUUAUUUUCUCCAAACAAACAAAAAUGAAAAAAGAUGUAAUGGAAUUUAAAAUGAUUCCAGUUAUAUAAACAAGCUACUUCCUUUGAUAUUUUCGUCUGGAUAUUUUUGGUUUAAAGAAUCUAUCCAUGUGAUAUAACAUCAUUUUCCAAAAAUGCCUUUUAAAUUGUGACAUGGUGAUUAUAAAGAUGCAGUGCAUUUCCAAAAAGCAAAGGAACAUUGAGUUUCUGCAGCAUGCACUAUUUGACAAAUUCAAGUGACUGUCUUAUCAAAUAACCAACCCUUACUGUACAUAAAAACUAUACAAUUGAUUUUCUGAAAUCCAGAGCUAAGAUGAAGGACAUGUCAGUUAAAAUUUACUUUAUACUUGGCCUAACUAUCACUGUUCCAAUACAAGCUCUGAAUAAGAAAACAGACUGCCCCCAGUCAUGUUCCUGCGAGAUACGACCGUGGUUUACUCCUAGGUCAAUAUACAUGGAGGCAUCAACAGUAGACUGCAAUGAUGUAGGCCUUUCUACUUUUCCACCUCAACUGCCUGUUAAUACACAGGUACUACUUCUACAAGCAAACUGUAUUAAAAAAAUUGAAUACCCUCGAGAAUUUCCUGUAAACCUUACUGGUUUGGAUUUAUCCCAGAACAGUUUAUCCACAGUGGCUACUAUCGAACUUCAGAAGAUAACUCAACUUCUUUCAGUAUAUCUGGAGGAAAACAAACUUAUAGAAUUGCCUGACAGAUGUUUCUUUGGACUUAAUAAUCUCCAAGAGCUUUACAUUAAUCACAAUCUACUUUCUACAAUUGCAUCAGAGGCUUUUACAGGCCUUGAUAACCUUCUUAGGCUUCAUCUCAAUUCAAACAAACUGCAAAUAAUUAACAGCAAAUGGUUUGAAGCUAUUCCUAAUCUGGAGGUUCUUAUGAUUGGAGAAAAUCCAAUAAGCAGAAUUGAAGAUAUGAACUUUAAACCCCUUAUAAAUCUGAGGAGCCUGGUUUUAGCAGGCAUAAAUCUCAGAGAAAUACCAGAUAAUGCCUUGACUGGUCUUGGCAAUUUAGAAAGCAUCUCUUUUUAUGACAACAGAUUAAUUAAAGUGCCCCACAAAGCUCUUCAAAAGGCUACAAAUCUUAAAUUUUUGGAUCUAAACAAAAACCCCAUUAACAGAAUACAAAGAGGGGAUUUUAGCAACAUGAUACACCUGAAAGAAUUGGGAAUUAAUAACAUGCCUGAACUGAUAUCUAUAGAUAACCUCGCUGUUGAAAAUUUGCCAGAUUUAAGGAAAAUAGAAGCAACCAAUAAUCCAAGAUUAUCAUAUAUACACCCUAAUGCAUUCUAUCGCCUUCCACGGCUGGAAUCACUCAUGCUCAAUAGCAAUGCACUGAGUGCACUGUAUCACAGUACAAUUGAAUCUUUGCCCAAUCUCAAGGAAAUUAGCAUACACAGCAAUCCAAUGCGUUGUGAUUGUGUCAUUCGAUGGAUUAAUAUGAAUAAAACGAGCAUCAGAUUCAUGGAGCCAGAGUCACUAUUUUGUGUAGAUCCUCCUGAAUUCCAAGGCCAGAAUGUCAGGAUGGUUCAUUUCAGGGAGAUGAUGGAAAUUUGUCUUCCACUGAUAGCCCCAGAAAGUUUUCCUGUAAAUUUAAAUUUAGAAACAGGUAGCUAUGUUUCCUUACAUUGUCGAGCUACCGCCGUUCCAGAACCUGAAGUAUAUUGGAUUACUCCAUCAGGACAUAAGCUUUUACCCAAUACUGUUUCUCUUAAAUAUUAUGUACAUUCAGAAGGAACAUUAGAGAUCAGUAAUAUAACACAAAAAGAAAGUGGCCUAUACACAUGCAUAGCAACUAAUUUAGUAGGUGCAGAUUUGAAAUCCAUUAUGAUAAAUGUGGAUGGUUCUUUUCUCCAGGAGAAUCACAAAUCUUUCUCUAUAACAGUAGAAGAUGUACGCUACAAUUCCGUAUUAGUAUCCUGGAAAACAAAUUCUAAAAUUGUGAAAUCUAACAUUAGGUGGACUGCCUUUCCAAAAGAUGGAAACUCCCUGUCCUCUCAUAGAGUUCGAAUUCCAUCACACCGAAAGGUCUAUAAUUUUACUCAUCUCACCUCAUCAAUGGAAUAUAAAAUUUGUAUAGACAUCCCCACUAUCCGGCUUCAGAAUGCAAGACAGUGCAUCAAUGUUACAACAAAAGAAUUGGAUCCGGCAAUGAGAAAUUGUGAGAAGAACAGCAUCAACAGCACUACAGUUCUUUUCUGCCUUGGUUUUCUUUUAGGAUUCUCUUGUGUUGCUGUUCUCCUCAGUUGCAUCUGUCAUGAAAUGAAUUGUGAUGCAGGACACAGAUUUUUCAAGAAUUAUGUGAAGAAACAAUCCUUUUCUUUCAGUGAACUUUAUCCUCCUUUAAUCAGUUAUUGGGAUGCUGAUAAAGAGAAAAGCAUAGUCCUCGAAGUGCAGGCCACAGUUGUAGAGGUUCCAACAAACAUGCCAUGAAAGUUAAGGUUAUUAGACUUGUUGCUUUAAGGUGACAUUAUCAAGACUCUCUUCUAUCGUGCUCAGUUAAAAGGUGAAAAAGGAUUCCUUUAUGGAAACUUAGUGAGUACAAAUGGUGGUUACAAAUACAAAUAUUUACUGGUGUAGUAUUUUUUUUUACAAAGGAAACACCUGUCUUUGGAAGUUCUAUACCAACCAAACUGUUUUCUAAGACUUUAUAUGUGAUUUCUUAAGAACUUCUAAGAGGUACAUAAUGCUGUCUAAACAAAUAGAUAAGAUUUUUUUCUGUAUUUGUUGUUUUUUAAUUAUAUGUACAAUAGUGGAACUGAAUAAGGCUCUCCUCCUCUGUUGUAUGAUACACUUAGCCAUGAGUUUUCAAUAAACAAAUAAAACUAGAAUUGACCUAUAGUGUAAUAAAAUGAACAAAUUCUGUAGA